AUUAUGAAUUUGUAUUUUGGUGAUCACAUUUAUGCGUAUGGAGAGUACGCCAUGCCCCCGGUCUGGUUUUAUGACUUCUAUAAUCAAAUUCCACCAUAUAGCACCUACCAUUUUUACACGGAUUUGGAGCCUGAAGCUAGAAGAAGGUCAGUCGAUUGUCAUGAAUGGGAUUACUUGUUUCGUACACCAGAAGAGGAGGCAAACAAUUUGUACACCAUAGAUUUCACGAAAUACCUAGAUUUUCUUGAUUGUGACGAGGAGACAGAAAGAUUAGACACUUCAAAUGAUUACUCGAGAUUCAUGUCUUUUCUUGAGCGUGGCGACUCUUUUUUUACUCCAUGGAAUCAGAACCCUAAACCGAUAGGGAGAAAUAAUGGCAUUGCAUACGGCGGUUCGAAGGAGUACAUGAAGUUCCAGCAAGGAUCCUUCUUCUCAUUCGAUGUUUGUGAAGUGAUCAAGAACAGUACCAGAUAUCAGCCUAGGCACUCUUAAGGAGUUAAUUCCGAACAUCGGAAUUGUCUAUUAAAUUUUCCAGCUAUAUGUUUAUAUAUUCCAUAAUAUAGGAAAAAUAAUAUUUAAUAGGUUCAUUGCAUAGCACACAGUAAUUGAUAUUUGUACUAACUAACUGUUGAAUGUCAGUGAGUUUUCGUGCAUAGAGAUUCUUCAUGGAUUUAUUAAUGAUCAUACUACAUAGAAUUGUCAU